AUGGACCGUCUAAACAGGAUAAGCACAACCUCCUCUUCUGCUAUUACAGAGUGUAUAGAAUUGGCAAAAAAGUGCAAUAAUGUUGCGGAAACAAUUAUUCGGUUUUGUAGCAAUUUAAUUUCUGAACAUCAUUACUUGCAUCAGGGUUGGAAGGCAGUCAUCGCAAAUUUAGAUGACAGCAUUUCUCGCACCCAAAAAUACCUUCAACGCUCUAAAAGACAGGCAGAAAAGUUGGAAAUUAUCCGGACAAAAGGACGCGUUCUCUUGGGAGAUUUUGACAAUGUUAUUGAAGUUCUUUCAAAGAUAACGAUCCCUUCCUCUCUCCUUUCACCACCUCCAGCACAGCAAUUAACUCCUUCCUCUCCUGACAGUGAUACAAAUUCAACAACUUUCACCUCCUCUGAAGAAAUAACUUUAUUUGAUUGGCUUUCAUCUAAAGACCCAGCUUAUUCUCUAAAUUCUUUAUCCCAAUUAAUGCUCGAUCAUUUGGAGAAAACGGAUGAUACUGAUUUAAUAGAAGCUACAUCUUUCUUUACAAUCGUUCAAGGGGUUUCUACAAAAGCACAAUAUCGAGAAAUUGGAGGGAUUGAUAAAAGAUUGACUACUUUGAGGAGUAAAUUUCAACAUCUGGAAGGAAUUCUCGCACAAGUACGCGAAAUUUCCAACAGAAUUAUUCAACCAAUAAUUCAAGAUAGCACACAAAACAUUGCAAAUUGGCAAAAACAACGCCUAAAUGAAUUAAAACAACCACUUAAACAUAUUUACGAUUUUGCAAUUUCUUUUAUUGAUUCAAAAGAGGAAGUCGUUAAAAAUAUUUCUCAACGAUUUUCUACUUGGGUUAGACAGGCUUAUGAAAGAUUGGACAGGGCAAACAAGAAAUUGGUUGUAUUUGAGGAAAAAUAUUCUGGAUUGCGACAAAGAUUGGAUCUUGUACGACAGAUUAAAGAAGCACCAAAUAUUUAUAUGUUAGCAGUUCCAGAAGUUAUAAGAAGGGAAGAGCUGAGAAAGGUUAUUAUUUAA